ACAUGAUGUCCCAUACCAGAAUAUCAAACAAACACAACCAACUUUCAUUCCUUUCCCAUUUUCCUUUUCUGUUUAGGGUUUGAUAUUGUAGAAAAAUAAAAUAAAAAUGGUGACAUCAAAAGGAAGAUCGACGCGAAGAAGAUCGUCAUCAUCCACAUCAUCAACACUUAUAUUUUCAGCUCUGAUUAUUUGUACUUUUUUUGUUCUAAUUCUUAUCGCUCUAGGAAUCCUUUCGAUUCCAAAUUCAUCUAACAGCACCAGCUCCUCAUCUAAACCUCAUGAUCUUAGCUCUAUCGUUCACCAUACGACGUCGUCUAAUAGUGAAAGUAGAGCUGAUCAGUGGGUUGAAGUUAUUUCUUGGGAACCUCGAGCUGUUGUUUAUCAUAAUUUCCUGUCUCAACAAGAGUGUGAGUAUCUAAUUAAUCUUGCUAAACCUCAUAUGGUGAAGUCAACUGUUGUUGAUAGCGAAACUGGCAAGAGCAAAGAUAGUAGGGUCCGUACGAGUUCGGGCACAUUUUUGGCUCGUGGACGUGACAAGACGAUCCGAACCAUUGAGAAAAGAAUUGCAGAUUUCACCUUUUUACCUGUAGAACAUGGGGAAGGACUGCAAAUUCUCCACUAUGAAGUUGGACAAAAAUAUGAGCCUCACUUUGACUACUUCCAAGAUGAUUUUAACACCAAAAAUGGGGGUCAACGAAUGGCUACCGUUCUAAUGUAUUUGUCUGAUGUCGAAGAAGGGGGUGAGACAGUUUUCCCUUCUGCAAAAGGGAACAUCAGUGCCGUGCCUUGGUGGAAUGAACUAUCCGAAUGUGCCAAAGAAGGGCUAUCUGUUAAACCAAAAAUGGGGGAUGCAUUGCUUUUCUGGAGCAUGAAACCUGAUGCAUCUCUAGAUCCUUCAAGUUUACAUGGUGGCUGCCCAGUUAUCAAGGGAAACAAGUGGUCCUCUACAAAAUGGAUUCGUGUCAAUGAGUACAAAGCUUAAUUUCCGUCUAUAAGGUUUUGAAUGUGUUGUGGCGGUUGUAUCUAUAACAAUAGUUUUCAGAACAAGACAUCUAGAAAUCUAAUAUCCGGAGCAAGGCCCUCAAGUUUGAUUAUAUAGUCUUCGUAACAGUGUAAUUUUCUACAUAUCUUGAGCCAACAUUAAUCUUUUGUUUAUUCUGUCAAUCUUAUAAAUUACCAUGGAAAUUAUUAUUCAAGGUAGCCUUGGGAGAAUUGUUUUAA